GUUUGAAUAAAAAAAAAAAAAAGAAAAAAAAGAAAAAGCAACAAAAAAGAGAAAAAAAAAAAAAAAAAGGGGGAAGAGCAGGAGGAGGGGGAGGGAAAAAAAAAAAAAAAAAGAUCCUAGAAAUCCAAAAAGGCUCAUCUGGGAAGGAGAGAGAGGAGAGGAGAGCGAGAGGAAGCGGGAUGCAACUCAACCUGACGCUGAUCUGCUUCGUCUUCGGGGGUUUCCUGCCCGACGCCGCGGCCCGGCGGGAGCAGAUGGACACGGGGCAGUGCGACCUGCCCCGCUCGCAAGGAGAGCUGAACUCCUUCCUCUGGACCAUCCGCCGCGACCCCCCCGCCUAUCUCUUCGGCACCAUCCACGUGCCCUACACGCGGGUGUGGGAUUUCAUCCCCGACAACUCUAAGGCCGCUUUCCACGCCAGCUCCAGCGUCUACUUCGAGCUGGAUCUCACCGACCCCUACACCAUCUCGGGGCUGGCCAGCUGCCAGAUGCUGCCCCACGGGGAGAACCUGCAGGACGUGCUGCCCCGUGAGCUUUACCGCCGCCUCAAACGCCACCUGGACUACAUCAAGCUGAUGCUGCCCCACUGGAUGACCCCGGACCAGCGGGGCAAAGGGCUCUACGCUGACUACCUCUUCAACGCCAUCGCCGGCAACUGGGAGCGCAAGAGGCCCGUCUGGGUGAUGCUGAUGGUGAACUCCUUGACAGAGACCGACAUCCGCUCCCGAGGAGUGCCGGUGCUUGAUCUCUACCUCGCCCAGGAGGCUGAGAGGAUGAAGAAGACGACGGGCGCGGUGGAGAGGGUGGAGGAGCAGUGUCACCCGCUGAACGGGCUCAACUUCUCCCAGGUGCUGUUUGCACUAAACCAAACUCUGCUCCAGCAUGAAAGUCUCCGAGCAGGCAGUUUGCAGGCCCCGUACACCACUGAAGAUCUCAUCAAACAUUAUAAUUGCGGAGACCUGAAUGCUGUUAUAUUCAAUCAUGACACUUCCCAGGUCCCAAACUUCAUCAACACUACACUCCCACCCCACGAGCAAGUAACAGCCCAGGAGAUAGACAGCUACUUCAGGCAGGAGCUCAUCUACAAGAGGAACGAGAGAAUGGGCAAGAGAGUGAUGGCGCUUUUGCGGGAGAACACAGAUAAGAGCUUCUUCUUUGCCUUCGGAGCAGGUCACUUCCUGGGUAACAACACUGUGAUUGAUGUACUGAGACAAGCAGGAUUUGAAGUGGAGCACACCCCUCCUGGACAACCGAUUGGAAAUUCAAGAAUGACCAAGAUGAGUCCUGCCUUACAAGAGUCCUCAGCAACAGCCCUGCCUGCUCUGCAGCUUUCUGAACAGGUCCCACUGACAUCUCCUUCCCUGAAGCCUCUACAGAUGGAUGAAGAAGACAGCCUGUCUCCUCAUCUCUUGUUACCAGACAGCAUCAGCCAGCUGGAAGAGUUUGGCAGACAAAAGAAAUGGCACAAGAAACAGCACAAACACCAUCGCCAGAGGCAGUUCAAUGACCUCUGGGUUCGGAUAGAAGACAGCACCACCACGUUGCCUUCCUAUAUCAGGAUAACCAAUGGCUACAUCACAGUCAAACCUCCCAUUUGGAUUUCCAACCGUCUGGACCAGAGGCCGCGCUCAGAUCACCCAUCCCAGCCUCAGCCUACAAGCUCAGCCUCAGCCACCAUAUUAUGGCCAUCAGUGACUGCUCCUCUCUACGUGGCCAUAGCUUCAUUCCUCCUGAAUCUACUGCAGCCUUCCUGACCACAUUAGUAUUAUGUGCAAUCCCUUGGAAUAGAGAAGAGAGAUAAUUUAUGAACGAAUUGGAUGUUUUGACAGCAUUUCCAGACUGGACCUUCUCAGUGAAUCAAGAGUGCCUUCUAGCUGAUUUUGUCUCUUUGCCCAGAUACAUUUUGAAACUCUAAAGCUUUAUUGUAACACUGACUUACAUCUUCUUUUUGUAGAAGGAUCUUUAUUUCCCAUAGUGCUAUGGGGUUUUGUAAAAUAUUCAUGUUCAUAUAAAGAAAAAAGAAAAAAAAGUGUAUUUAUUCGACUGGUAAACUUAUUUUUUUCUUGUUGUAUAUGUCAAUAACAUCCCUAGUAAUCAGUAGCGAUGGUGAAACAGAUAAAUUAAUAUUUUCUAUAUUUGUUUUUUAACUGACAACUCUGCAAAUGCCUGAAGUGGCACCAAAAUGAAUGGCUUGUUUCUUUAAACAGAACACUUCUUACAGCAACAAUCCAAUAAGUACAUUUGUACUCUAUUUUGCUUUUUCUAAAAUUCUCAUUAGAAUAACUUAGACUAAAUAAAGCAGAUCCCCUUAUCUGCGGCCUAUGCCCAAUAGAGGGAUAAGUGCACUCUCAAGUCAGCUGCUACAACCUAAAAUCUCAGUUAUUUUUGUAUGACUUAGUAAGUCAUUAGUCAAGAUAACCCUCUAUGUUCCCCAGUUGUCUUUAACUCAACCAUUCACCUUCUCUAGAAAUUACCAAUCUCUCUUUUUAGCCUGAGAUUAAGACAUCUUUCUCUUAAUAAAAGAUUUCAUAUUAACUGCAGUAAUUCCACUGGAAUUAUUCUCUCCCUCUUUUUAUAUGAACACAAGCCUUCAAUCCUUCCCAGCAUAAAUGAGAGCAGGACUUGGUCUGUCUAUAGAGCAUAAAGAUGCAAUAUCGUGCUAAUCUGUAGAACUGCUUUAUUAAUUCAAUUGAUAAAUAGAUAGUCAACCUGCAGGGAGGGAAGGAAAUGUCUAGAAAUCAUUGGCAUCUUGCUAUUAUGCUUAGAGUUGGAAUCCUCAUAUUGAAUUAUAAUCUGUCCACAAUCUCUUCAAGGCUACAGGAACCAAGGUAAUUCCUCUGUCAUGCAAAACCUCUCCUCUGUUUGUAGACUACGUCCAUCUAAGUCAAUAGAAGGAUUAAGUUCUGACAACUUGCACUCAAUGAAAAAAUUCGCCCAAUCUCCAAGCAGCUACUUCUCAUUAAUCAGAUGAACAUCAUCCAUGGAAAAAAAAAUACAUCCAUCUUAAUAACAGCCAUGUUUAGUAAGGCUAUUGUUAAUUUUUUUUGUUAAUUUUUUCCCCAAAAACACAGGAUGAAAAAAAAUGACUUUCAUCACAAAAAAUCCUAACAAUUUUUUUUUUUUUAAAUAAUCUUUUUUUUUUUUUUUUUUCCCCUGAAGUCAUCUGCAGUACAAAAAUCUGAAGUGCCAUGAAAAUAACUUAAAGAAGAACUGAAAAUAAAAAAAGGAACACACAAUCCAUCUAUGAAAAAGCAUUGCUUUUUCACCUUAAGAAUCACAUUCAGAUAAUGACAGCAAUCACAAUAACACUGACAAAAACCUGACUGUUAUUGGGCUGGCAGCAGCAUCACCUUCAGAACUGGAGACAAUUCCAUGUCAUCUUUAGAUCUCCUGAGUGGAAGAUGGUUCAGGAUUCACAGUUUGUUUGUCACCAGAAUAAUGAGUCAGGAAAAAAGCUUAGGAAAUAAUCAGCCUGAAAUAAGUACGUGGUUUUAUUUGGAACCAUGAUAAACCUGAGCUUUUCCACCAUGCAUCCCAGCCCAUUGCUUUGCCAAGGCAAGGGAGAACACUUUACUUUCAUCUGCCUUACUACAGCCCAUGACUUCCAGCUCUUGCUUUAUUUUGGAGAAAAGGAUGUAUAGAUUUGUGAUUGACUUAAGUGGGUGCAGCAGACAGCCGUGUAAGCUGCCCCUGCUUUAUAAAGCACAAUAGUUGAUAAGACUGAAUGGAAAACUUCAAGCUUUGCCCCAAAUAGGAGAUUCAAGCACACCCUGUGCAUACUUCUGUGUUGUGUAUUUUGGCUAGCAGAAGAUUAGAGAUGUUAGCUUUGGACAGAAGCCAUUCACCUUGCAUAAUAUUUAUUGCACUGAGUUAGAUAUUGGAAACAUAUUUUGAGAACUUUCAUUUCAGUUUUAUUUGUCCAUUUCCCCCAAAGUGGCUUCAUUUGAAUAUAAUGGCUUAACAGGCCUUCAAAUUCAACCUUAACACAUUCUAAAAGAUUGGUUCUCCUGCCAUAUUCAAAACAGAGUUCAGAACUGAAUGACAGGACGUUAGUUACAAAAAUUGAGCUGGAAAUAAGGUAGGCAAGUCAUAAGGGUGAUGAUUAGUUACACGGUAAAAGUGAACAGCCGAUGAAUCAAAGCCCAUUGAAUUUUAUUUGCUGUGAUCUGAUCAAGUCCAGAAAUGAUUCUGUGGUGCCAUACCAGAAAUAAUUCCCAGUGUCAGAGAGCUUACAGAACUAACAGAUAAAACCAUAUGAAGAUCAGAGAAAAAAAAAAGUAAAAAAAAAUAAAAAUAAAAAAAAUAAAAAUAAAAAAAAGGAGUAAAAAAAAACAGAAACAGCAUGGCCAGGACCAUAAGGAAAACCACCAACAGGAUCAAGACUGGAACCUACAGUUCCACUCUACCCAACCUGUGGUUUUCUCUGUAGGACUCUUAGUCUUUUUUCUUUUUUCUUAUAAUGAGCACACAGCCACAGCUGUCACUGUACCACACAGAAUAAUCACUGUUUGUCACUAAUAAAUAUUUCCUGAGUCCAAUGGACAGUAAUAGUAAUACUAGCUCCUAUAUCACAGCGUGUUUGGAUAUCACAGUAUGUAAAUAGCUUGGACAUCAAAGCUAUGAUGUCAUACGUUGUGGCAUAUUUACAUUUCUUGGCAUUUUACCUAUAGUCUCUGUGAAAUGAGUGAGCACUCAUUUGGAGGUCGCCGCAUUUCACUUAUCCUUCUGCCCAGUCAUCCUGCAGUGCAGAUGUCCAAGCAAGGUAUCGGCUGGGCUUGGAGCCAGCACCCUUCUGCCAGCUCACACCAUCACCCCUGGCUAGGGAAGAAGAAACCACUUGCAAUAAGUUUAAGAGAAGAUGCUUCUCACAGAUACUAGCUCAGGAACCCCAGCUGAAUGGCUUCAGCGUAGUUUGCUGACCAAGUAUUUCUUAUUUUGUCUUCCCUAAGCUAUGACUUUGGGUAACUUGUUACUCUUUUUAAAAUCCUUGGCAAGCAAGGAUCACAGUACUAGAAAAUGAGACCCUCACUGUGAUUAAUAAAACAGGUUAUUUAUUAAUCAGCUACACUAGCUCAGUAUUAAUUGAAAUACAUCAGUACUGGUGUAUUGGCACAGAUCUAUGCACAUUGGAUCAUGAUUUUAUUCCAUGUGAUUUUAUAGUGUAUAUCAGAUUUGAUGCAUGUUCUGGAAGUAACACUGACUACCAGCUUCACGGGGCUUCACUUUUAUUCAGUGGAUUUCUCAGAGAGUGAGGAUCCAACUGCUUUAUCUCUUUCUGAUGAAAACUCAGAUUUCCAGUGACAAAUUGCAGGAGAGGGUCUUAAAAA